AAAACAAUUAUAAUUAUUGAAUAAUAAAUAGACCUCCACCGCUCGGUUUUGGGGGGAGUCUCAUCAACCGCUGAGAUUUUGGGCUCUUCGCCGUUACGAAAGCGAGGUCGAAAGGAAAAGCUUUGGUCUAUUGCACCCUUGCUCAACAACCAAAGUACAUGUCUGAUCUCGACGUCCAUAUUCCAACCGCCUUUGAUCCAUUUGCUGAAGCCAAUGCUGACGACUCUGGUGCUGGGUCGAAGGAGUAUGUGCAUGUGCGCAUACAGCAGAGGAACGGUAGAAAGAGCCUGACAACAGUGCAAGGGCUGAAGAAAGAAUUCAGCUAUUCUAAGAUCUUGAAAGACCUCAAGAAGGAGUUCUGCUGCAAUGGUACCGUCGUUCAGGAUCCUGAGCUGGGCCAGGUUAUUCAGCUCCAAGGCGACCAGCGCAAAAAUGUCUCCACCUUCCUAGUUCAGGCUGGGAUCGUGAAGAAAGAGCACAUCAAGAUACACGGUUUCUGAGCUGAAGCUCAUGCUUCCACCGUUAUCGUAAUCGACAAAGUCUUGUUAUCUGUAGUAUUAUACGACUGUUGUGAUGCAAGUUGUGUUUGUGGGAGAUCUGGUGACGUUUAUCCAUGUAUUCUAGUUUCCUGGGCCGAAUAUAUUGUGCCCAGAAUAAUUAUUUUGUGGAACCUGGAAACUUAAAAGCUAAUGCAUUUUGCUUGCACGAUGGUAGUGCUGCUGAGAUUGCAGUGAUAGUAUUAUUGAA